CUUGAAAAUCUGUAACGGACACCGCAACCGUCGCAUACUCGUCUUCGGGUUCACGCAACGCGUUGGUCUCUGUACUCGAGUCAGUUCGAUAGUAAAAGAAAAAAAUAAAUAAAUAAAUCGCCGUCAGUUGCCGCCACAUUAAGGUACUCAAGGCUCGCUUUUUCGAGAGAUCACAAGUCGGUGAAUUUUACGAGAGCAACAUGAGGGAAAUCGUCCACAUCCAGGCCGGCCAGUGCGGUAACCAAAUUGGAGCAAAGUUUUGGGAAAUCAUAAGUGACGAGCAUGGCAUUGACCCGACUGGCACCUACCACGGUGACUCUGAUCUCCAGCUGGAAAGAAUCAACGUCUACUACAAUGAGGCGUCCGGCGGUAAAUACGUACCGCGUGCCAUCCUCGUCGAUCUGGAACCCGGUACUAUGGAUUCCGUACGUUCGGGACCAUUUGGCCAGAUCUUCAGACCGGACAACUUUGUAUUCGGUCAGAGCGGCGCUGGUAAUAACUGGGCCAAAGGCCAUUACACCGAAGGCGCCGAGCUGGUGGAUUCUGUCCUCGAUGUUGUAAGAAAAGAGGCCGAGAGCUGCGACUGCUUGCAGGGAUUCCAGCUUACGCACUCUUUGGGCGGUGGUACCGGCUCCGGUAUGGGUACCCUCCUCAUUUCCAAAAUUCGUGAGGAAUACCCCGACAGAAUCAUGAACACGUAUUCCGUUGUGCCGUCGCCCAAGGUGUCCGACACAGUCGUCGAGCCGUAUAACGCCACCCUUUCUGUACAUCAACUUGUCGAGAACACCGAUGAGACUUACUGUAUCGACAACGAGGCCCUUUACGAUAUUUGCUUCCGCACCCUGAAACUAUCGACGCCAACGUAUGGUGACCUAAAUCAUCUCGUCUCCCUCACGAUGUCCGGUGUUACGACCUGUCUGAGGUUCCCCGGUCAAUUAAAUGCCGAUCUUAGGAAACUUGCCGUAAACAUGGUGCCCUUCCCCCGCCUUCACUUCUUCAUGCCCGGAUUUGCACCUCUCACAUCCCGCGGUAGUCAACAAUACAGAGCUCUCUCUGUACCGGAACUCACCCAACAAAUGUUUGAUGCCAAGAAUAUGAUGGCGGCGUGCGAUCCCAGACACGGCAGGUACCUCACAGUCGCUGCCAUCUUCCGCGGUAGAAUGUCGAUGAAGGAGGUCGACGAGCAGAUGCUCAACAUUCAGAACAAGAACAGCUCGUACUUCGUCGAAUGGAUACCGAACAAUGUAAAGACCGCCGUGUGCGAUAUUCCGCCGCGCGGUCUUAAGAUGUCCGCCACGUUCAUUGGCAAUUCCACCGCCAUCCAGGAACUGUUCAAGCGUAUCUCCGAACAGUUCACUGCUAUGUUCAGGAGGAAGGCUUUCCUUCACUGGUAUACUGGCGAGGGUAUGGAUGAGAUGGAGUUCACUGAAGCCGAAUCUAACAUGAACGACUUGGUGUCCGAGUACCAGCAGUACCAGGAAGCUACUGCAGACGAAGACGCAGAAUUCGACGAGGAGCAGGAAGCCGAAGUCGACGAAAAUUAAAAUAAA